AUGAAACGAAAGUGCGGCAGUUGCUUUGGGGAUCGCAUUCUACUGCAGUUGAAUGGAUGUCGCUGCUUUCCCGAGUUGGCACAUUUGAUUCGGAUUGAUGUUACAGCCUCACGCUUGUACUUGCUUCAUCUGGUCCGCAUUGGAGUUUUGAAAGCACUUCCAGCGCAUUUAUUCUUGAUUCCAGCCCCUAGCACGAGCGAUAACCAGCUCCUCAAAGUUUGUGUCGCAGUGCCAGGUUGGUUGGGUCUACCUCGUUUGGCCACACUUUCGACAAAUCGACCUCUGGUUGAGGUGUGUUUUGAGACUAUAAACUGCCUCGCAUCAACGGCUUUACGAUUUGCAGUUCGUUGUUCCGUGUUGAACUUCUUCUGUGUUUACAUCGUCCUCUGUGGAUCACCAACUUUCAGCUUACCUCUUCUAAUUUCAGCCACUCUGUGUUUGCAAUUUGUCGACCUCAGUCCCCUUGGCGAUCCCUCGUUGUCAUCUUUUUCCAACCCGUCUGACAACGCUGAUGCCAUACCUUCGAUCGGUUUAUUUCGUUUGGUGCAAGUUGGUGAAAUCAAUGUCCACAUUCAUCGCCUCAAGUGUUUGCCAUCCGGUGAACUGAUCGGCUACCCAGACCCAUCUUUCUCCCAUCAUCAUAAUUUUUCUGGUGUCCAACCCAUCUCACCUGAGUUCACUUGGUCGCGUAGCCCAAAAUCAUCACUUUUUAACUCGACCCUAUCCCUAGGCAAAUCAUGGCCGCAAAGGCCUCCAUUUUUUGGACUGCUUCUGACGAGGAGAUUUGAAGCAAGAUCCGAUCUUUUACUUUGGAUAGCCUCCGUAGCGUGGAAGCGAUUGGAUAAAGAUUGUGGUCUGAAACCGAACAUUUUUUCUCUCUUCUCUUCGUUGCCAUUGAAUUGGUGA